AUGGCUGCCAUUAUUGAAUCUGGGUGGCUGUAUCUGAUCACGCAUUUCAGUGACUUCCAACUAGCAAGUCUAGGAAGUUUCUUUCUUCACGAAAGUGUUUUCUUCUUAUCCGGACUUCCAUUUAUAUAUCUGGAAAGAGCUGGAUUGUUGAGCAAAUACAAGAUUCAGACGAAAAACAACAGCCUUGCUGCUCAGGAAAAAUGUAUCACCCGCCUGCUUCUGUAUCACAUUGGUGUCAACCUUCCGCUUAUGAUUGCAUCUUAUCCUUUCUUCAGAUUCAUGGGCAUGAAAAGUAGUCUGCCAUUUCCAUCCUGGAAAGUGGUUCUGUCACAGAUAAUAUUCUAUUUCAUCCUGGAGGAUUUUGUGUUUUACUGGGGACAUCGUAUUUUACAUACAAAAUGGCUGUACAAGCAUGUGCACAGUGUUCAUCAUGAGUAUGCUACUCCAUUUGGACUGACAUCCGAGUAUGCUCACCCUGCCGAGAUAUUGUUCCUUGGCUUUGCAACAAUAAUUGGUCCAGCCAUCACUGGCCCACAUCUUAUUACUCUCUGGUUAUGGAUGACUCUUAGAGUCCUAGAGACAGUUGAGGCACAUUGUGGUUACCAUUUUCCAUGGAGCCUCUCAAACUUUCUACCUUUAUAUGGGGGUGCUGAUUUUCAUGACUAUCAUCAUCGUUUGCUUUAUACAAAAUCUGGCAACUACUCAUCUACAUUUGUUUACAUGGACUGGAUAUUCGGUACUGACAAGGGUUACAGAAAAUUGAAAGCACUAAAGCGCGAUGGAGUCGAAGAAGAAAGCAAGCAAACAUAA